AUGGUUGAGAAGCCUGUUUCUUUCCUGGAAGACAAUAUUCUGCAGCUUGAAGAAGAUAUUUUUGAUGAAAUAGACGUUGCCAUGACUAAAGUGGAAAUAAUAUCCUUACAAACUUUAGCCAGGUCAAACAGAACGGAGGUUGUAUUUGCGGUUGAUUCCGAUGGGAAAAAUCCGAGGGUUUCUUCAACUGCUCAAAGUUUAAUUAGGGCCCCUUUUGAAUCUCUGUUUAUACGUCAAUCAUCUCUCCGUUUGACUGCAUCUUUGUUUGGGGAUACUUUCUCUUUUGAGGUGCUGAAAUUCACAGGAGGCUUUACAGUUAGUCCUCCACAGAGUGCGUUUCUUAUGCAAAAAGUGCAGAUCCUUUUCAACUUUACCUUGAACUUUUCUAUUGACCAAAUACAGAAUAAUUUCUAUGAACUGACGAGCCAGCUGAAAUCAGGGCUACAUUUUGCUCCAUAUGAGAACUUGUACAUUAGCUUGACGAAUUUGAAAGGUUCAACAGUGGCACCCCCCACUACUGUUCAGGCACAAGUUCUUCUGGCAGUUGGGAUCAAUCCUUCAAAGUCAAGGUUAAAGGAGUUGGCUCAAACCAUCACUACAUCUCAUACGAAAAACCUUGGCCUCAAUAACACCGUGUUUGGAAGAGUUAAACAAGUUCGUCUUUCAUCUAUACUGCAACAUUCCCUUGGUGGUGGCACCUUGGGGUCGCCUUCUCCGGCUCCUCUGCCAAAUCCUCACCACCAGCAUCACCACCAUCACCACCACCACCACCACCACCACCACCAUCACCACCAUCACCACCACCACCACCACCAUCACCAUGAUUAUUCCCAUCUUGCUCCCGCAAUUCCACCUGCACCUCAGACUGGGAAAAGUGGAUCUGUAACUGAUAAAGGUUCACCUGCAUCUUCACCAAUGUCUGCACCUACACCUACACCUGAAAAGAGUCAUGAGGCAAAGCCUCCUGCUUGUCAUUUUGGGUUUAGAAAGAGUUCACCGAAGAAGGCAAAUAAGCAUUCUCAUCCAAUUCCUCCUGUUGUACCACCAGUUUCUCCAAAGUAUACAGCUCCUGCACCACAGCAUCAAGUAGAACCUCGGGCACCUGCCUCACAAUUAAUUCCUGUGUCAAGUCCAUUUCCAAAUGUAGUUUUUGCUCAUGUUCAGCCCCCAUCAAAAAGUGAAUUCGAUGUGGAGCCUCCUGAUAUAACAGCUUCAGUCUCAUCCUCGCCAUCUCCAUGUGAGUAUAUCUUCAAGAAUAUCAGCAUUAUUUUCCAAAUUUUUACUGUUUGGAUCUGA